AUGCGCAGCGGCUGUGAGAAGAUAACAGCUUCUAAUGUCCACACCUUUAUUGUGCAGUUGGCGCAGCCCAUCAGACUUUUGCUAGAAUACACUGGCACUGAAUAUGAGGACAAGCAAUACGAAUGUGGCCCUCCGCCUGAUUACGACAAGUCCUGUUGGUUCGGUGAGAAGCAUACCCUGAAACUGGAUUUCCCAAAUCUGCCUUAUUACGUCGAUGGGGACUUGAAGAUAACCCAAAGCAAUGCUAUCAUGCGUUACAUAGCUCGAAAGCAUGGCUUGGAUGGGAAGACGGAGACAGAGAAAGUGCGAGUGGACAUCAUGGAGAAUGAAGCCAUGGAUUUUCGCAAUCGUCUCGUCCGGCUCUGUUACAAUCCGGACUUCGAGAAGCUCAAGUCUGACUACUUGCAGCAGUUGCCACAGUACUUGGAGCAAUUCUCAAAAUUUUUGGGUGAUCGACCUUGGUUCGCCGGAGAAAACCUGUCAUUUGUGGACUUCAUCAUGUAUGAGCUUCUGGACCAACAUACAAUCUUGGCACCAACUUGCUUGAAAGACUUCCCAAAUCUUGAGAAGUACUUGAACCAGUUCAAGGCUCUGGCUAAGAUCAAGGAAUACAUGGCAUCAGAUCGAUUCAUGGACAGACCCCUCAAUAACAAAACAGCCAAGUUUGGGAAUGCUUAAGUAGGCAUCAUUGAAUGCAUGCCUUUCCAUCUCUGGUGAUGAUUAUCAGCUCAAAUUUUGCUCUAUUAAUAAUUUGGAUUCACUGAUUCCUAGAUUACUCCAUGUCAUUUGAGAUUUAAAAUAAACUUUCUUUUAUUGAUUA